ACUCGGCAGAAGUCUCAAAGCAGACGGGGAACCGGACGGAAUAGCUGGUUUUGACCUUCCCUCUUAUCAUGUGCUAGUUGCGUUUCGUCUCAGUCGAAGGAUUAAAUUUUCUUCAGUCGGCUUUCCGUCGUCAUCGUGAACGGUUCGUGUUUUUAGGAGGCCGCGCGUGAAUCCGCACAUAAGUGUUUGAUUUUCACAGAACAAGUUAAUUUUCGGAUAGUUUGUUGAGAUGAGUUGUCCUGUGGGUAAUUUUAAUGCGGAUGCGCAGGGCGGACAGCGUUUGGGUGCUGAAGCAGGUAUGCUCUAUGGGGAAUAUCUUAUGCUCGAUAAAGUAUUGAAUGCACAACGAAUGCUGUCAGUUGAGAGUAACAAACCCGUUCAUGACGAACAUUUGUUCAUUGUUACACAUCAGGCCUAUGAGCUAUGGUUUAAGCAAAUCAUAUUCGAGCUGGACUCUAUCCGUCUUCUUUUCAAUACCGAACACAUGGAGGAAUCACGAACUUUGGAGAUUCUGAAACGUCUCAAUCGAGUUGUAUUAAUUCUUAAGCUUUUGGUGGAUCAAGUUCCUAUUCUCGAAACAAUGACGCCGUUAGAUUUUAUGGACUUUCGCGACUUCCUCUCGCCGGCCUCUGGCUUUCAAAGUUUACAAUUUCGACUAUUGGAAAACAAGUUGGGUGUGAAAACGGAACAUCGCGUCAAGUACAACCAGAAAUAUUGGGAGGUGUUCGCGAAUGACCCACAGGCAGUGGAGAAGAUUGCCGAAACCGAAACCGAACCAUCGCUAGCGGAAUUGGUUCAAAAAUGGCUCGAGAGAACCCCCGGCUUGGAAGUAGAUGGGUUUAACUUCUGGGGAAAAUUCAAGGGAAGUGUUGAGAAGCUUUUGGCUGAACAAGAAGAAAGUGCUAUGAAUGAAGAACAUGAAAAUGUAAAAAAUUAUAGAUUGAUGGAUAUUGAGAAACGCCGCGAGGUUUACAAAUCAAUUUUCGACGCCAGCGUUCACGAUGCGCUUGUUGCUCAUGGCGAUCGAAGAUUCACUCACAGGGCUUUACAAGGAGCUAUCAUGAUAACAUUCUACCGUGACGAGCCCAGGUUCAGCCAACCGCACCAGAUCCUUAUGCUGCUGAUGGAUAUCGAUUCUCUCAUAACGAAAUGGAGAUAUAAUCACGUGAUCAUGGUACAAAGAAUGAUUGGGUCGCAGCAAUUUGGCACUGGUGGCUCGUCCGGAUAUCAAUAUCUACGCUCUACUCUGAGCGAUCGUUAUAAAGUGUUUAUUGAUUUGUUUAAUUUAUCGACAUUCUUGAUUCCUCGAAGCUCCAUCCCUCCUCUUACCGAUGAAAUGCAAAAAGCGCUGAAUCUAGCCUGGGGAUCGCCUGUUCACAGCGCAAAGCAGCUCAACGGGACACUACACUAAAAGUAAACAAUGAUUUUCUAUUUUUUCUAAAUUGGAUAGACUUAUCAGAACAAAAUUGCUAUUGAAAGUCUUUAGUAUACAAUGGACGCUGUCAUCAUUACAAGAAGUGACUAAUAAAUAAUGAACCUGUCACUGUAUAA